AUGACUUUGUUGGAAUCGGAAGAGAAAUCAUCUCCACCGGUCGAUGGGCAGUCUCAUCAAGCAUUAUCAGAGAUAAGAGUCAUACCAACACGUAACCGAUCACGAUCACGAUCACAUUCACAUCCACAUAUGCAUCAUCAAGCAAAUCCAGAUCCAUUCCCAUUACAACUCCAUUUGACACGCACAGGUACACGAUUAAGUUUACAUAGACCACCAACACGUAAUGAUGGAUAUGAUAAUUUCCCAGUACCGCUACCUGGUCAUGCUGAAGAAUUAGAAAGGAGAUUAACUAGAGAUCCAGAUGUAGAAAGGCAAAUGGGUAUAGGAAUGCAUAUGGGUAAUGGUGUUGUUGGCGGUGUCGGUGUUAGUGCUGGAGAAGAUGAUAUUGGACCUCCUCCAGAAGGCGGAAAAGAUGCUUGGUUAUGCGUUUUUAGUGCUUUCUUCGUUUUAUUUUGUGUCUUUGGUUUUGUAACUGUAUUUGGUCAACUCAAAAUCUACUAUCUAGCUCAUCAAUUGAAAGAUUAUACUCAAUCAGAAGUUGCCUGGAUAGCGAGUCUUCAAACUACGAUCACUUUCGGAGGAUCUAUUGUUGCUGGCAGAUUGUUCGAUACUCAUGGAGCUAGAAUAUUGAUCGUUACAGGAACGACGUUAAGUGUAGUCGCUGUCAUAGCCAUGGCAUUCUGCAAAUUAUACUAUCAAUUCUUGUUGGCUCACGCACUAUUCGGUUUAUCAGCAUCUAUAUUAUAUUCACCUUCAACUGCAGUUGUUGGACAUUGGUUCAUGCGUAAAAGAUCUACUGCUGUUGGAAUCGUAGUCUGCGGAAGUGGUUUAGCGGGUGUCAUUUAUCCUAUCGCUCUGAAAAGGUUAUUUGAUGAGUUAAAUUUUAGAGACGCAAUGUUGAUUGUAGCUGGGAUGAAUGCUGUCCUGAUGUUCCCAGCAUGGUUUUUCUUAAAGGCAAGAUUACCACCUAGAUCACCACCCCCUCUUAAAAGUCUUUUGGGACCUUGGAAACAACCUAGAUAUGCUUGUUUGGUAGCUGGAUCUUCUUUGGUGAUGAUGAACUGGUUAUCACCUUAUUUUGACGCACCUACACUGAUAACGUCGAACAAUAUCACAGGUCCUAUAGCAGACUAUUCGAUUGCUAUACUUCAAGUAGGAUCGUUUUUCGGUAGAGCGACUUCUGGUAUAUUGGCAGAUACGUUUGGAGUAUGGAAUGUGUUCAUCUCGUCAAUUAUCGGAUGUUCGAUUUCUAUCUUUGCGUUUUGGGUAGCAUCGCCCAUAUCUCCAGCGGCGGUCGUUGUUGGAUUGAUCAGUUAUGGAUUCGCAAGUGGAGCAUGGGUAACCCUGGUCGCUGCUUCAACAGGCGCAAUUUCUCCAACAAGAGAAUUCGGUAUGAGAUUAGGUAUGCUUUGGUCCGUUACUGCUAUUCCAAGUUUAAUAGGUCCGGUUAUCUGUGGAUUACUCAUCUCUGCAAAUGGAAACAUAUUCAAAUCGGCUGGAUUAUUCAUCGGAUUCACUCAAAUGGCAGGUGCAGGUAUAACCAUCGCUCCGAGAAUUAGGGAUCGUAUAAGGGACUUUAGGGAUAGAAACAAGGGAAAGAGUGAUCAACAUGAUGAGAAGGAAAGCGAUCAGAAUCAAGGGAAAUAG